ACCAAACAAGCUAUUAGCCAAAGAUUUAUAAGCUGCAUGCCCUCUUGUAACUUCUCUUCUGUUCAUCAAAUUUCGGCGAAACUCAAACAAUCCCUCAAAUUCCCCUUUCCCAACCUGUAAGUAUCUUUCUUGAUCUUGAUUUACAUCCAUAUAAUCUCUACAUAUAAUCUCUAUAUAAGGUUCUUGAUCUUUCUAUACGCGGAAUCUUUAUGGGUUGCACUAUGAGGGAGAAGCAUAUCCGUACGAACCGGAGGGUGCGAUCAGCGAAGCCUGAAUUCGAUCCUUGCUGUUACGCCUCAUCAAUCUCCAAAUCCAUACUCGAAUCUGGUCUCAAACCCUUGGCUUACCAUCUGGGUCUGCAAGAUUCAACCCACAGCAAUCCUAUCCCUAACACUAGUGGUAAUCUUGAUGAUAACGGAUGGGGUUACUGCACUGAAGAACAAUUAGAAGAAAUCUUGUUAAAGAACCUUGAAUUUUUAUAUAAAGAAGCCAUUUCUAAGCUUGUUGCAUUAGGCUAUGAUGAGGAUACUGCUUUAAACGCAAUAUUGCGUAAUGGGCAUUGCUAUGGUGGUAUGGAUGUUUUAACUAAUAUAUUGCAUAACUCCUUAGCUUAUUUGAAUAGCAAUUGUGAGAGUGGUAGUAGCAGUAGUAGUAAUGGGAAUUUAGAUGAAUGCCAUCCUGUUUUUAAUGAUUUAAGGCAAUUGGAGGAGUAUUCUCUUGCAGGUAUGGUUUGUUUGUUGCAGCAAGUUAGGCCGCAUUUGUGUAAAGGUGAUGCUAUGUGGUGUUUAUUAAUGAGUGAUCUUCAUGUGGGUAGAGCGAGUACCAUUGAAAUUCCCAUGUCUAAUUCACCUGUUGAUGGGAAUAAUACAGUGCAGAGCAGUGUUGAGAGUGUUAAUAGCAAUGGUGUUGAUAAUGGGAUUGGUGUGGUGGCACCGGCGCUGUGUAGGUUUCAUGGAGGGUGGGGGUUUGGAAAUGGGGGAGGAUCGGAGUUUGCAGUUAAUGGAUUUUUCUCAUACAGUGGGGAAAUGACUUUGCAAAAGGAUAUUGAGUGCCCUAAAAGGUUUAACCUAUCACCUUCAAUGAAGUCUUUAUUGAAAAGGAAUGUUGCCAUGUUUGCUGCAGGUUUUAGGGCUAAUUCAAAACAGAUGCAGACGCAGUCUCAGGUUCAAUCUGAGUCUUGCUCAGGUGUUUUGUCAGGAAGACAUGCGGCACUGGUUGCAACAGCGAGUGAAGUUUUGGACGACAAGGGUGAGGAGUCUCAAAAUUUGAAGAACCAAGAUGGGGCUAGUACAGGGUGGAAUAAGUUCCAAGAUGGGCUUUUUUCAGAAUUAAGUAAGUUUGGUGAUUUGAAUCUUGAUGAAAAUUUGGAACUUACAGGAGAAGAUCAGAAGGAUGAGAUGAUAGUGACCCUGCUUCAUCAGAUUAAGGAUUUAGAGAGACAAGUAAAGGAACGGAAGGAGUGGGCACAGCAGAAGGCGAUGCAAGCUGCAAGAAAGCUUAGUAGUGACUUAACGGAGCUUAAAAUAUUGAAAAUGGAGAGGGAGGAGACACAGAGAUUGAAGAAGGGGAAACAAACUCUUGAGGAUUCAACAAUGAAGAGGCUGUCAGAGGUGGAAAAUGCUUUGAGGAAGGCAAGUGGUCAAGUGGACCGGGCAAAUGCAGCUGUGAGACGGCUUGAGACUGAGAAUGCAGAAAUCAGAGCAGAAAUGGAGGCUUCUAAGUUAAGUGCAUCAGAGUCGGUGACUACUUGUUUGGAGGUUGCAAAAAGGGAGAAGAAGUGUCUGAAGAAGCUUUUGGCUUGGGAGAAACAGAAAACUAAAUUGCAAGAUGAGAUUGCAGGAGAGAAAGAGAAGAUCAAGGAGUUACAAAGAUGUUUGGCUAUAGUUGAGCAGGCUCAGAAGGAAGCUGAGGCAAAGUGGAGGCAAGAAGUGAAGGUAAAAGAGCAAACUUUUGCCCAGGUAGAGGAGGAACGUCGGUCCAGGGAAGCUGCUGAGGCCAAUAAUAAAAGGAAGCUUGAGGCUUUGCGCCUCAAGACAGAGAUAGACUUCCAACGCCACAAGGAUGAUCUCCAAAGACUUGAGCAGGAGUUUUCUCGUCUAAAACUAUCUGCAGAGUUCACUGAUUUGAAUCACCAAUUAAAUAUUUUACCCUUAGGAAAGCCUGAGAAGACAAAGCCCCAAGGAGAAACAAUUGCUAGGCUGCUUCAUGAAUUAGAUACCCUGGAGGAUUCACAAGAUAAGGGAUCUAACUGUGAUAGAGAAUGCAUGAUUUGUAUGAAAGAUGAAGUCUCUAUUGUUUUUCUUCCAUGUGCCCACCAAGUUAUGUGUGCCAGUUGCAGUGACAAUCAUGGGAAGAAGGGUAAAGCUACAUGUCCAUGCUGCCGCAUUCCUAUCGAACAGAGGAUCCGUGUUUUUGGUGCAAGUUCAUAGUCAGUGGUUUGGAGUAAGAAUAAUAACAAAAAAAAAAUCACCUAGUGAGUUUUCUCUUUUACCUGGUAUGCUUGAUAUUAUGCAUUUUACAUUUCCUUGCAGCCAUUGAGGCUGCAUGCUAUAGCAUGCAAUUCCCUAAAAACCGCCGGUGCUUAACGGUGGAAUGAGGAUGUUUGUAAAUAAGAAGCUAGCUUCUUUCUAGCUGGUGCUUUUAUGUGUACUUGCCUUAAACGUGCUGCUGUUACUAGAGCACGAUGAGGAUGUACGUAAAUAAUAACUGAGCUUUCUUUGAAGCUCAUGCUUUUAUCCUUAA